UCCGCGCGGCUCGCACCCGAGGGGGGUCGGGUGGGGAAGCGGCGCUGGCCCGGACCCCCCCGCCCCCGCGGGAGCGGCCGACGGGCGUGAGGGCGAGGUAGCGGCCGCACACAGGGAGCGGCGUCCGCCGGGGUACACUGUCCAGUUUGUGUUGGAGCUGGCUUUGAGUAUAUUCUGGCACUGGACUUGAAUAACAACAAUCUUGAAGCCUGUUGUCGAGCCCUCUCCCAGGAGAGCAGCAAGUACUUAUAUAUGGAAUACCAUAGCCCAGAUGACAACAGGAUGAACAGAAAUCGCCUUUUGCAUAUUAACCUGGGUAUCCAUUCUCCUAGUAGCUACCACCCAGGAGAUGGAGCUCAACUUAAUGGUGGUCGAACACUGGUACAUAGCUCAAGUGAUGGACAUAUUGAUCCACAGCAUACAGCAGGUAAACAGCUGAUAUGUUUAGUUCAGGAACCACACUCAGCUCCAGCUGUUGUGGCUGCUACACCCAACUACAAUCCAUUUUUUAUGAAUGAACAGAACCGAAGUGCAGCUACUCCACCUUCACAGCCACCUCAGCAGCCAUCCUCCAUGCAAACAGGAAUAAAUCCAUCUGCUAUGCAAGGGCCUUCACCACCACCGCCGCCACCUCCUUCAUACAUGCACAUACCUCGGUAUAGUACAAAUCCAAUUACUGUUACAGUAUCCCAAAACCUCCCUUCUGGACAGACUGUACCAAGAGCUUUGCAGAUUCUUCCGCAAAUUCCAAGCAAUGUGUAUGGGUCUCCUGGUUCUAUUUAUAUUAGACAAACAUCUCAGAGUUCAUCAGGAAGACAGACUCCUCAGAGCGCGCCAUGGCAGUCCUCACCACAGGGCCCAGUGCCUCAUUAUAGCCAACGUCCUUUACCUGUUUAUCCACACCAACAGAACUAUCAGCCUUCACAGUAUUCUCCUAAGCAGCAGCAGAUCCCUCAGUCAGCUUACCAUUCACCACCUCCUUCUCAGUGUCCUUCUCCCUUCAGCUCUCCACAGCAUCAAGUGCAACCUUCCCAGUUGGGCCACCCAAGUUCCCACGUGUUUAUGCCACCUAGUCCUUCAACUACUCCACCCCAUCUGUAUCAGCAAGGACCUCCUAGCUAUCAAAAACAAGGAAGUCACUCAGUAGCAUAUCUCCCAUACACAGCAUCUAAUUUACCCAAAGGUUCCAUGAAGAAGAUAGAAAUUACAGUUGAACCUUCUCAAAGACCUGGGACAGCAAUUACUAGGAGUCCUUCACCCAUCAGUAAUCAACCGUCUCCACGGAAUCAGCACUCACUGUACACAGCCACCACGCCACCUUCAAGUUCCCCUUCAAGAGGGAUAUCUAGUCAACCAAAACCUCCAUUUAGUGUUAACCCUGUGUAUAUCACAUAUACACAGCCAACUGGACCUUCAUGUGCUCCAUCGCCAUCUCCUCGGGUGAUACCAAACCCAACUACAGUGUUUAAAAUUACUGUAGGCCGAGCAACGACUGAAAAUCUUUUAAAUUUAGUGGACCAAGAAGAACGUUCUGCGGCACCAGAACCUAUUCAGCCCAUUUCAGUGAUACCAGGCUCUGGAGGAGAAAAAGGAAGCCAUAAAUACCAGAGGAGUUCUAGUUCUGGAUCAGAUGACUAUGCCUAUACGCAAGCCUUGCUGUUACAUCAACGAGCAAGGAUGGAGAGGUUAGCAAAGCAAUUGAAACUUGAGAAAGAGGAGCUAGAGCGCUUGAAGGCUGAAGUCAAUGGUAUGGAACAUGACCUGAUGCAGAGACGGCUCCGAAGAGUCAGCUGCACCACAGCGAUCCCCACGCCUGAGGAAAUGACAAGAUUGAGAAGCAUGAACAGACAACUCCAGAUAAAUGUUGACUGUACACUGAAAGAAGUUGAUCUCCUUCAAUCUAGAGGCAACUUUGAUCCAAAAGCCAUGAAUAAUUUUUAUGACAACAUAGAACCUGGCCCAAUUGUACCACCGAAACCUUCUAAAAAAGACUCCUCAGACCCCUGCACAAUUGAGAGAAAAGCCCGAAGAAUUAGCGUGACCUCCAAAGUACAGGCAGAUGUCCAUGACACCCAGGCAGCAGCUGCAGAUGAGCAUCUAUCUGCCUCCAAACCGAGUCCUCGGACCCAGGCCCGUGACGAAGACUUCGAAGGGGCACCGUGGAAUUGUGACAGCUGCACCUUUCUCAACCACCCAGCGCUAAAUCGCUGUGAACAGUGUGAGAUGCCGCGGUACACUUGAAUUCAGAAGAGCUGGCACCAGGUUGAAAGUGAAACUUGGAGCACCCGCCAGAAGAAAAGGAAGCCUCGGGAAUCUCUUCAUCUGCCCAGCCUUUUCAUUUCUGAUUCCAUGGGGGGAGGAGGAGGAAUGGCACUGUGGCCACUGUGCUCACAAAAGGAAAAAAUGGGGAGGCCUUUCUUUUUUCCUUUAACUCGUUGCAGUGAGAGGUAGAAAGGGAUACUUGAAAUCAGGAAAGGCCUCGCUCCUGAAAGAAUGUACACAGAGAAGUCAAGAGCUCUUCUGUGGAAUCCCAGUCGUUAAAGUUACUGCUGAGUGGCCCUUAUUUUUCAAAGUUGAACUUUGAAUCGUGGUAUGAAAUGUUACCGUUUAUGCAGGCAAACUGUGAAUUCCAGAGCAGACUUAUCUGAUUGCAUCUCUCUGGGAAACCAAGGCUCCCUGGGCUUCUUCCUGCUGCUUCCUCAGAAGAGAAGGAUGGGAAAAAGCACCCUAAACACGUUUUCGUGGCAAAAUAAUAAGGGUAUUUGUAAUUGCUGCUUUUUUUCAGGGGUAGUUUCAAACACACAUACACACAGAUAUUUUAAAAUGUGAUUUGUAGCAGUCAGGAAUGAGGCAGAUCCUGCCCUUUGUUGGAAGAUACAAUCAAAGGCAGUAAGAUCCCUUUGGUUUGUACAGAGAUUCAUCAACCUGUAUCGACACUGGUAACUGAGACCUAAUUGUGCCACAUAAGAAAUACAUCCUUAAGUUACUCUAUGCUUUAUUAGACCUUUGGUUUGAAAAGUACCCCUUACAAAAUAUGGUUUUAUAAAUGACAUUCUCUUAAAACUGCGCUUUGCCAAUAGCACAGUGAGUGUAUGCCAAAUGCGAGUCCAUUCCAGAAUUCAUGUGGAAAUCUUUAGCUCAGCUGUGGUUCUUAAGAAAUAUUUGUAGUCUAUCAGACCUUCCCCGCCUCCUUAAUUUUGUGAUGAAUUCAUGGUGUUUACAGCACAGAUAAGUACUUUGUGCCAUAAUCCUAAUUUAGCUGAAAAAAUAUUAGCUAUUCAAUAAACGAUUUAUUUGCACAUGUUUAUAAGAACAUGAGGGAAGAAGUAGUUAGCCAUUAUCACAAGGUUGUGCACUGCAUUAUUUGGGGAGCAAGAGAAGGCUGGUCAGGGUUACUGGGCUGGAGCUGUCCCUCAGCAGUGGAGUGCUUGCCUUGCACGCACAAAGCUAGGUUUGCUCUUGAGCCCCCUCCCCAUACACCAGAGGAGUAAAGAGAGGUUUGAAACAUUUUAAAGUUAAUAUAACUGUUCACAGAACAGAAAUCAUCUUUGUGCAGACAAUUCAGGUAAUAGUAAAGCACUAUGAAACAAGUUAGUGUGACUCACUAGGGUAUAUCACUGAAAAAUUAGUAACAUUCAGAUAAGCGUAGUUCAGAAUUGGAUUUUGGACACACACACACCCCCCACCUUGGUGAAGUUGGAACAGUAAUAAAGGUAGUAGGUUUUCCCAUGCUGAAGGGUUUAACCUGAGGUUAUAACCUUAGAAAUACCAGGUGCCCCCCUCAUACACACACGUUCCUGUGUUGUCAUUGCAUUUUGACUUAGUGGUAAAAUCUGACAGACCUGGAAGAACAAGCUGCACUUAAUAACAUAAUGAAACCAAAGGUAUAUCUCAUCAUAGUUUUCCAUCAAAAUCAUAACUUCACACACUGCCUACAGCUUUGAAAACAUUUUUUUCAUAUGUGGAAUAACUCCCCAAAAUAUAUUCACUUGUUUCCCAAGGUAAGCAUGGUUAUGUUAAUUACACUGAUAAAACAUCUUUUAAUACAAUAACUGGCAAAACUGUGAAAAUAAUGGUAAGAACAAUAGAUAGGCUUAAAAGCACGAACAGUGAUCUUGAAAGGAUUUUAUAACACUGGUUUCUGUCAGUCUCUAAUAACACAGUCCAUUAGUCCUACUGUUCUGUAAGAUGCCUUUGCCUUUGUGUGGUUUCAUGUCUUGUUAGUGAUGGUCAGCACCACUUGGUGUUAAGAAACAGUUUAGGGGAAAAUAUAUACAUACAUAUAUAUACUGCUUGGUGUUCUAGCUAAAAAAGGUUUACCAGUAUUCAUAGUGCUACGCUGAAGUGGUGGCAGUAAACUUGGCAGUUGUCAGUUGAAAAUGAAAGUAGCAUGUCUGAAAACAGUGUGAUACAGUACUUCAUUAAAACCAUGUAGACGAUUUAAAAACUUGCAUGAAAAUACACCAAGGUUAAUAAGCUGUUAUCAUACAGUAGAUGCAUGGUGUCAGUCCUUUGAUGA